AGCGACUUCACUUCUCGGACAGUCGUUACUCGAUUCAUUGAGAAGAGAUGACGGUGUACGGUGCGUCGAAGUAAUGGUUCAAUGCGAAGUUUUAUGCCACAAUGUUGACAAGCCCCAUAAGUCCAUUGCUGAGAGUCGGUCUCAGUUUGAUCGGCAUGUGGCCCGACACUUCAUAUGGAACGCUCUCCUGGCUCUUUUACAUGAUGACUGUCGUAGUGAUGCAGUACUUUCAGUACUCCUUCGUCUACGCGCACCUAGACUUCAACAAUCUCACCAAAUUGAUGGACGGCCUGGGUCUCACUCUGGAUUACACUCUGACGAUUUUCAAGUUACUAAGUCUCCGUUUCAAUCACCGAAUAUUUUCCGAUAUCUUGGACGCGAUGGAAGAUGACUGGAACGACUGCGUUACGGAUUCGUACAUAUGCGUGAUGAAGAGCAAGGCUGGUCUGGCUCACCGGUGUUCCAAUGCUAUGAUGACUCUCAACACUCUGUCAGCGAUUUUCUACUUCAUUGGUAACUACCUAAGCCAUCGUGCGGUCGAUGGGGCUCCUCGGGAGUUUCCGAUGCAGGUACAGUUCCCCUUUAACGCCACAAACUCGCCGAUCUUCGAGCUGAUCGUUCUUGGAUUAUUUCUUCAUGUGAUUUUGCACAGUAAAUCUAUUGGCGAUGCUGCAUAUGAAACACUUUGGUACGAUUUAUCUACCAAAGAAUGCCGAAUUUUAUUAUUGAUAAUUAUCAGAUCUCAGAAACGUUUGACGAUCACAGCUGGAAAAGUCAUGGAUCUGACUUUAGAAGGUUUCACAUCUAUCAGCGAGCUCCCGAAUCUCGUGGAUGGCUUGCCCGCGACUUUAGAUUACACUUUGACGUUUCUUAAAUUGGCCAGCCUUUGGAUACAUCGUCGAGUUAUUCACCAAAUCUUGAACGCUAUGGACAAUGAUUGGUGCGAGUGCAUCGGCGUCGAUCAGUAUUUACAAGUGAUGAGAGUGAAAGCCAAUAUAUCGCAUUUUUGUUCAAACGCUAUGUUGAGCUUUAAUGCGGUUGCCGGUGUACUUUACCUCUUAGGCGAGUACGCGAUUCGUUUUUUAUAUUUAGCCGAAAAUUAUAAUGAUACCUUGCGACAACUUCCUAUUAAGGUACAACUUCCCUUCGAAAUAAACCGAUCGCCAACUUUUGAGCUGCUCGUCAUAGUUCUAUUCAUACAUGUGAUGUUAAAUGUGUGCACGGUCGCCGUUAUAAAUGCAUUGAUUCUUACUCUGCUACAUUCUAGCUCACGGCCAUCGGAUCAAGUACAUCGUCCACCGAUCCCAUGCGAGAUAAUGCGCGCGACUUCCAUCAGCACUUCCGUCGAGAUUGGCCUCCGUUUCGUCGGGAUCUGGCCGGAUUUGUCACAUGGGACCUUGAUCUGGCUCACGUACAUGACCAGCGUAGCGAUAGUGCUCUAUUUUCAAUACGUGUAUAUUUUCAAUCACUUCGACAUCAGCAACAUCUCGAAUCUCAUCGAUGCGCUCAGCAUCACGUUAGCAUACAGCCUCGGUUUCCUGAAAAUAUUUUAUAACAUCAUGCUAACCAUCGACAAAGACUGGAACAACGUUAGUCGCGACCAAUCCUUGAUGUGCAUUAUGUCAAGCAAUGCCAAUCUGUCGCGUUAUUGCUCAAACGUGUUGAUUAGUAUCAACUCCACCGCUGCGAUCUGCUAUGCCGCGACUAGCCUCGUACGGCACUCAACCGAUUUGGAAGGGAACCUCAAUGCUAGUGAGAGAGUGCUACCUAUAAAGAUGGAACUUCCUUUUGAAGCGAACGUGUCACCGCUCUUCGAACUUCUGGCGAUCGGUCAGUCUCUUCAUGAAGUAUCGAUCGCCGCUUUAGUCGGCAUGAUAAACUCCUUAAUCAUCACGUUGGUGCUUCACGUGACCGGACAGAUCGAUAUUCUUCGUCAGGAGUUAUUAAUGACUUGCAAUGAUGAAUCUUCAGAGAGCAGUUCGAUCAUUGCGGGGAUCAGGCUUCUGAUAACUCGACACCAAAAAAUAAUAACGCUGUCAGAUAAUAUUGAAGAACUCUAUUCCGACAUAGCACUGAUGCAAUUCCUGUCGAAUACCUUAGUCAUCUGUUGCAUCGGCUUCACGAUCAUAGCUUCCCUCGGUAAGGCUGGAGUUACUAUAAUAUUGUUAAAAUCCGCUAUUUUUUACGUCGCCGUAACAUUGGAAGCUUUCAUUUUUUGUUUCGCUGGAGAAUAUCUCAGUGCCAAGAGCAAAUCGAUUGGUGAUGCAGCGUAUGAGUCGCUCUGGUAUAAUAUGACACCUGACAAGUGUCGAAUUAUAUUAUUUGUUAUACUAAGAUCGCAAAAAAGAUUGACGAUCACCGCUGGAAACGUCAUGGAUCUUUCUCUACAAGGAUUUACGACCGUAAGCACUUUCCUUAUUAGAUAUUAAUAUACAAUUUCGAGAAUGCGCUCGAAGACCGAUCCGAUAAUCGUCGGCACCGUCAGUCGUUCGAUCGAGAUGGGCCUCCGCAUGAUUGGCGUUUGGCCUGAUUCAUCCUACACAAUCCUUCAUCGUGCCUUCUGGAUGAUCACCCUCACAAUGGCGCAGACCUUUCAGUACUGGUAUUUCAUCAUACACGUUCGUACUGACGAUCUGUCGCAUCUCAUGGACGGUUUGAGCACUACAAUGUCCUACAGUCUCCUGCUUCUGAAACUUACGAUAUUCUGGGUUAAUCGACGGAUAUUUCACAACAUCCUGAAUACAAUGGCCCGAGAUCGAAGCGAGUGUGCGACCGAUUGGGCUGGCUACUUGAUGUCGAGGACGGUUUAUGUGUCACAUCGGUCCUCCAAUUUGAUCAUCGGAUUGUACUCGAUGUCCGUGAUUCUUUACGGCACCGGCGUACUUAUCGCACACUCUGACGAGCCUGAAGACGAGCUUAACGAGCAACUCGCGGUGCCGACACGAGAAUUGUUUCUCAAAAUGGAGCUACCCUUUGAGUCCAAUGCCUCUCCUGUUUAUGAAGUCGUUAUGGUCACGCAAUUUUUUCACCAGCUCGCGGCAGCCACGAUAGUCGGCGUGCUGAACGCCCUGAUAGUCUCAUUGAUUCUUCACGUAGGUGGUCAAAUCGAUAUAAUGUGCCGAGGGUUGGUAGAAAUCUCCUCUGGGGACGGCAUGUUCGACUUGCCAGCUACGAGCAUUAAGACUCUAAUACAUCGACAUCAGAGAAUUAUCGCGCUUUCGGCCGACAUCGAGACCCUUUUCUCAUACAUAGCUUUGAUGCAAUUUAUGUGGAAUACUUCGGUCAUUUGCUGCCUCGGAUUUCUAAUUGUGACUUCGAUCGGCGAUUCAGAAGGAUCAACGAUGUUAGUCAAGUCUCUCUUCUUUUAUGUUGUCAUUACUUUGGAAGCGUUUAUAUUUUGUUACGCUGGAGAAUAUCUCAGCGCCAAGAGUAGAAUGAUUGGUGAUGCAGCCUAUGAGGCAAAGUGGUAUAAUUCGAGUCCUAAGCAAAGUCGAGUUUUGUUGUUAUUAAUCUUAAGAUCGCAAAGAAAACUGACUAUUACAAUCGGAAAAUUCAUGGAUCUCUCUCUAGAACGUUUUACAACUAUCAUUAAAGCUUCGGCCUCUUACGUAUCCGUAUUGCAUGCUAUGUCUUGAUGAUUGCGGAUAAUCAUUGCGGAGAUAACGCAGAUACUGCGGAUAAUGCAAUUUUCUUCGUGUAUAUUUGUAGCUAUUAUGAAAAUGUAACGUCUCUCUAUCUACAAUAUUAAUUGGUCGACGUUCCACGAACGUAUACGACCUCAUGUAAAAACUACAAUACAUUCUGAUCGAAUUGA